AUGCCUUGCUUAGCCAACGUCUUAACACCUGCCAGCCCGUGUCCUGCGUCAUUGUCACCUCGUGUCAGGCUGCCCAAGGUUGAAAUGCUGGCUGACCUAGUUCCAACGGUCCGCGCCUUUCAUCCAUCUGCUAGGGAAUCGGUAAACCACACAAACAUGGACGACCACAUCAUCCAUCCGGUCUUUGCGCCCCCGAGUCCACGUUCUCCAAGAACUGCAUGUGAGGCCCUGCAAUCCCCAGUCCACCACGGUUUUCCGCGUUUAGACGUCGAUGAUUCCGAUGAUUCCGAUGCACAGGGAACCGACGACGCCAUCCCUCCGCGCAGAGCAGUAGCACAUGGCCGUUCCCACUCGCUCAGCAGCCAGCAAUCCACUCGUCCCAGCUCGUAUGAGGAGCCAGCAGCCAGCAGCAGCCCAGCUGAACGGUGUCCAGUCGAGUCCCUUGACACAGUCACACCGAGUCAUGGAUUCUCCUUUCCCUUCAACACGUUGGCACCUUCAUCUGAGCCAGCACCUCCCAAUCAUGAACGGCGACGGUCAAGAGGACUGAACUCUUAUCGUAUCAACAAGAAGACUCCUCUUCAUCUACACCGACAACCUUCUCUUGAUACCAUCGCAUCAGUCACCACAACUGCGAGCAGUCACUAUCACGACCCCCCAGAAGCAGAAGCACCGUGCCCAGACCUCUUUACUCUGCAACAUGGUGAUCAGCAAGAGAUCCCAGCUACCACUCCUACACUUACAGACACUACUUUCAGAAUUUCAUCCACCAAGACCCCACCUUUGAACCCGCUUUCCCCCCAGUCUUCCAGUGCGAGCUCGAGACAAUCGCCAGCUCCCGCAGGAACACCGCUCGAAUCCACAAAUCAAUUUCACCAACCUCCUCAAUCUCUCUUCCGAAAAAUGCUGCCUCGUAGAAAAGAAGAAUCCCCUCGAUUGCCCGCUCGUCUAGUCAUAGCACGAGAAGUCACCAUCAAUCACACCUCAGACCCUGCAGAACUGACCUUCCACCACGCUAACCCCACCACAUCAACUCCCCAACAUCCACCACCCGUCUCUGGCUCCAUCAGCGUGGAGCGAAGCACUUCCCAAUCAAGCUGGGAAUGGAGUGCCAGCGCUUUCGAUACCAGGACAUUGACCGAAGCGGAACUCAGCAGGUGUAAAAAGAAGGGCAUCAAUCCAGCCUUGUACGCGGAAAUGAGAGCAGCGAAAAGGGGCAAGUGGUCCAGCCCGAUUGCUGGGAAUUCCUUCUUCUAA